AUGAAAAGGCUACUAAUUAUCCUCCUCCUCCUCACCCUCCUCUCCCACAUUUCCACCAUAAUCGCCGAUGAAACCUCUGAAAACCACACCAAGCUUCUAAUUCGAAAGAGACAUAUCAAACUUAAUUUCUUCUGGCACAACAGGUUUAGUCAGCCGAAUCCGACAGCAGUGGUAGUCGCCCAAAGCCCCACAUCUAAUGACUCGCCCACUGGCUUUGGAACCGUGAAUGUCUUUGACGAUCCGCUAACCAUCGGCUCGAAUGAAUCAUCCCCUCUAAUAGGAUGGUCCCAAGGCACAUAUAUAAUGACUGAUCAAAACAAGUAUGCGGCUCUCAUGGCCAUGACUCUCAUAUUUGUCCAAGGGGAAUUCAAAGGAAGCACGCUCGCAGUGUUGGGACGUAAUGAGUUGCUCUCCAAGGUACGUGAGUUGCCUAUUGUUGGUGGGACAGGACUGCUCCGCUCUGCAAGUGGAUAUUGCAUGCUCAACACCUUUGACAAAGAAAAUGCAAAUCACUAUGCUGUGGUUCAGUACCAGUGCGAUGUCUUCUACAAACGUUAUCUUGAAAGCACCACCGAUUUCCCAUUUACUAACUAG